AUGUCUUCACUCCACCGAACCCAAUCACCCCUCUUUCGAGCGCUCUGUCUUCUAGCCCUCGCAGUCCAAGCCACAUCCGUGGACGUAUGGCUCUACCCCAACCGCGAUGCCUGCGACGGCGGCUCCCUCGGAUGGCGCGACAUCGUCCACCUCGACUGUUACGCCGACUACCCUCCCACCCACGGCUACUCUGUCGAAUUCCGCAACCUGCCCCCAGGGGCGCAGGGGAUAGUCCAGACAGGCGGCGAGUGCCUCACACCGACAGGUGGGAUCGUCUAUGGACCGGGCGACCACUGUUGGAAUACUGGAAUAGGCCGUGGAAAGGAACCGGCUAGUGGGGUGUAUUGGUGGGAUGGGGUGACUUAUCCAACCGCUAGUCAAAGUCGAAGAGAGGAGGGGGUGAAGUGUAGCGGUCCUACGCACUUCCGGUAUACGGAUCCUCAUGGAGUCGAGCACACGAUCCGGAUACCAACUGGGGUCAAGCCCGAAGAUGUCGUGCAGCAGUAUGAGAACCAAGAGUGGGGUAUUCUCUCCGCAUACGAAAGCGCUCGAACGCUAGGUUUAAGGUCGCUCUGCUAA